AUGGACUUCUCGAGACAUUCCCUCAUCACUCCCCCUUUACCCCCGGCCGACCCCGAGCUUGCGGAAGCGGCCUUUCGCUCACCAGCCGUAACGAAGCCUGGCGAGAUGGGCUACGACCGGCUCGAGUGGGUCGGUGAUGCAAACCUUUAUCUUUUAUCUUCCUACCUCAUUUUCUUCACUUUUGGUGGCCUCGAUUCGGGCAAGGGCUCUCAACUACGGGAGCGACUAGUACGCAACCAGACACUGGCGUCCUACUUUCGCGAAUAUAACUUGAUCCAGCGCGCCAAACUACCGGCCAACAUUGACCUCAAGUCGAAAGAAGGGCAGAAGAUCCAGGGCGACAUGGUUGAAGCAUACGUAGGUGCCGUGGUUCUCUCGGACAAGCGGCAAGGCGCCGCCAAGGCAGCUGCAUGGCUCAAGGCCUUAUGGGCGCGAACCAUUGCCGACGAAAUCAGAAAAGCCGAAAAGAAGCCCGAGACGCAACGAGUACAAGAGCUCGGGCAGGCAAGGGAGGUCGAUGAAGCGGCGACGGCGAAGCAAAGACUGAACCUCGCCCUCAAAGUGCCCGGGGUAGACUUGAUCUUCCAAGAUGUGCCCACGAAACAGAAGAACAAACACAACGGGUUGCCAAUGUUCACGGUAAAUCUAUUCCUGAAAGGAUGGGGUGAACAGAAUAAGUUGCUAGGCUGGGGAACGGCCGGUUCAAAGAAGGAGGCGGGCCAGAAGGCUGCGCUAAUGGCACUUGCCAAUAAGAAGGUGAUUUCCGUCUACGAGGCGAGGAAGAAGGCAUACGUCGAGCAAAUGGCCGAAAAUGCUGCCUCGGGAGGCGGCGGUGGCUUGAAGAAACCGGUCGAGCAGCGAGUCUCCAAUCGCGUCUUCGUCCAUGCCCUCAGCACAGCCAUCCCCGCCACCGUGGGCAUGCGCAGCGAGGACCUCAAGCGGGAGAUGGACAAGUGGGACGCGUGGGAUGCGCAAAAGGGUCUUACCAAGACGGAGGCGAAGCGACGGUAUAUCGAGACGCUUAUCUCCACAAUGCACCGAUACGCGACAACAGGGGACGCGAAGGAGCUCGUUGCCGAACUCGAGUUUGUGUGGAACCAAACCGCCGAAGGCGGGCCCAUGAAGAUCCUCAGCCCCAUGAGCGAACAGGACGAGGCCGAGUUAGAGUCCCAGCGGAUAUCGGCCAUAUUAGAUGACGAGGAGGAGAACGAGAUCAACGGCAGCGUACCCGUCGCGGGAAACAAGUGGGCGAGAAAGGUCGAGAGGGCGCUGCAGAAGCUGUCGACCGAGGUGGCGGCGCUGCGGGAACAAAUCACGACGGGCCGGGAGUGGAAGUUCAAGAAGGAGAUGAGCUGGAAGGCGUGGUUCACGUGGCUCUUUUGGGCGGCCUUGCAACACCUCGUCAUGGAUUUUGUCGUGCUGAGCAUCGUCCUGAUAUGGCUGCGGAAGAAGAAGGAUAGGAGAUUAGAGGACCUCGUUAGGGCUGCUCUGAAGCUUGUGAGGGAGUACGUCCGGAAAAUCGUACCCUCAAGGUUGACGGACGUGGCGUGCAGCAUAUUCGUCCCCAUUGAAGAAGAUCUGCUCGCCCUGCCCGCCGAGUCCGAGGCAGACACGAGCCUCCAGGCCAGCGUCGACGCCAUCUACGCCCACGCCGAAAAAGUCAAGGCCAACAUCAUCAUGUACAUGAACCGCGAAAAGGAAGCCCUCUCCGCCGAGUACCACGCGAAGCGGGCCGCGGACCCCAAGAAGGGCGAGACGACCGCGCGGCCCUACGCGCCCGCAGACGAGGCUCUCAUGGUGGAAGCCAUGUGCAAGACUGCGGAUCCGUCCGUCGACUACGAGAUCAAGACGGCGGCCAACAUCCCGCGCCCGCGUGGGACGGUGCCCCGCAAGCCUGGGGAUGCCCUUAGGGAGCACUACAUAGUGCGGGUGAUGCAGUUGGCGGAGGCGGCGGUUCAGGAGCUAGAGGCGUAUGGGAGACAUGUAGAUUUGGUUGUGGACAGGUUCAAGGCGCGGACGAAGGAGGUUGAGGACAAGGCUUCGAGGGAGAGGGCUGCUGCGGAGGUUGGCGCGGAAGCGAUGGAUAUAGACUGA